UUCCGCUUUACACAAAAUGUUGCUCGAAGCUGGAUUGAUUCUAAAAUUUAUCUCCCUUGCAUCCUCAUUCGAGAUUAUUGAGCGUUUUCCUCCCGGUGAUCCCGAAGGCGAUGCCGCACAAACUGUGAAUUACCACGUUCAACGUGAUUCUAAAGUGGAAUUGAGUUGCACUGCAUCUCAAGAGUUUAAUUUGUGUCAAUGGAUGAAUCCUAGCGGGGCGGACCCGUGUGGGAUUGCCGCCCCGGAUACUGAGAAGGUAUGCCGUAAAAACGGAAUUUCUGAACUGGAAUUGUCGUGGACCGAUCGAAAGAAAUGUUCUUUGACCAUUCACAACGUGAACCAAGCAGAAAUGGGAGAAUGGACUUGCCUCUUGCAAAAAAACAAAGAAAACUUACGUGCCACCACCGUGAUCGUAGAGCUUAAAGCACCCGAAGUAGUGAUAGACGGGCCACGAGAUAUUACGGUGUACGAUGGGGAGCCAAAAGAAUUUCAAUGCACAGCCACGGGAACGCCAACACCCAAAAGUAUAUCUUGGUAUAUCGCUGGAAGAGACAUACCGUUGACCGUUCUAGCCUCCGAAAUCAAGGGCAAUCAAAUCGAAGAGCGAGUGAGCGCACUGGCCUCCAUGAGUUGGAACGAUGCUACAUUAGCUUGCCACGCCGAGGUUGUAGACGAUCAGGGUAAAGCCAUCACAGGCUACGACGAAAGAAGACUUCAAGUCAGAUCCAUCGAGCAAUCCAACUACAAUGAGGAAGUACUGCGGAUGGAGUCGUUCGAGAUCGUCCAGCGUCAUCCAGCCGGUGAACGUGGCACCACCCCUCAAACGAUUCUCUCUUCAGAUGCAGAGGUGACUUUUUCUUGCACCUCUAAUCACCCAUGGCAUGUUUGCAUGUGGAAAUCGCCCAUCUCAGAUCAAUCGUGUGGCAUAUUCGCCGACAAUAUUCUUGGAAAAGAAUGCACCGCCAUUUGGAACACCAAAGAGGUCGAUUGGAAGAUUCGAAAAACCUCUGAUACCACAUGUUCAAUCACGGGAAAAGUGUCAAUUGCCGAUGAAGGGAUGUGGAAUUGUGACUUGCAGUCCAAGCCCGUGAGUUCUCAAAACAAUAUCCACAAAGAUGAUCAGCAAUAUUUUGAAGUCCUGCUCAUCAAGACCCCGCAAAUCUCAAUCGAAUUCCCUGAAGAAUUCGAACUUCGGGAUGGCGAAAGCCAACGGAUCGUCGUUGACAUCUCGGGAGCCUUCCCCAAACCCGAAGUCAUAUGGCGGUUGAACAACCAAGAAUUCAAGCCCGUAAUUGUAGAUUCCACACCACCCACGAUGAACAGCCGUGGUCUGUAUUCUCUCAAGCAAGAAGUAGAUUUUAAGGCCAAGAGUGACGACAACGGUCGAAGGCUCUUCUGCAUUGUUCGCCAAGAAGAUUCAGAGGGCAAUGUCGAGGAACAGGUUUUUGAAGCUUUUCUCAAUAUUAAAGCCAAACCAAUGCUCAUGGCCACAGCUUCUCUGGGUCCCGGGAUCAUAGCCGCCAUAGUGUCUGUAGCAGUGCUGAUUCUCCUCAUCAUCAUCCUUUUGUGCGUGUCUUGGCGAACGGGUAAGUUUUGCUUCCGGACCCGUCCCACACAGGUAAGGACGUUAGAAGAGGAUGAAAUGUUGCCCAAGCCAGAUGAAUCCAACCUAGGGGCAAAUCACGAAACUUACGCUCAAGAUGGGAAGAUCACCUAUGACGACGAAGGCGAAGGAAGUCCAGCAGGGUCUCUUUGUAGUCUCACUGUGGAAGCGCCCAAGCGGGAUUGGAAAGAUGCCACCAGACUCAUGGGGUCAGAGUUUCAAAAGUUUGACGAGCCGACCCUAAAUCAUGACACAUUCAACAGCUUUGCCACCAAUCAGCCCGAUGACCAUGGAGAAAGUCAGGAGGGGCCGAAUCCUGAUGAUCCCGUGAUGCAACAAAAUGACCACUUCACGGAAGGAAACGUGCAUGGAACCCCCAAACGCAUCCAAUAUGAUUCAGAAUCUGAGACGUGAAAAGGUCACGCACGACUGAUUUAAUCUUAACACAUACAUGGUAUAUAUGUACGUCCUUCUUGGCAUUAGCAUCAUUUUGAAUGUUGCAGUAAAAGUUCCUAAUUCGUUCUAAUUUCAAAGAUUUGUUUCGUGGUCUUGAACUAUGGCUCUUCAAUCAAGAAGCAUCUCCUAUUCGGACAUUGUGAAAUUGUUCGUUAAGCUAUGAUUCUGACUUAAUUUGUAUCUUCCCCCGUUUUCUGUACAACACAUUAACAAGGUCUAAUUCACAACAAAAAAAUGGUAUCCAUCCCAUUUCGAGUGGUUUGGUCGACCACAUCCCAUUGGUCGACCACAAAGAGCUUGAUACAAUUGUUUGCUAUGAAGGAGGAAGGAGAGUGGCCCAGGCACGCCUCAAAAGCUAAAUCAUGUCGAUAAUGUAUGGUUUAUUGUGAUGUAAUUUCUUGUCAAAUUUUAAUAUUCAUCGACAAAUAAACAUUAAGUGAGAAAUUCGAAAAAUGCAAAUCUGAAGCGAGAAAUGCUCCAACACCUAUUGAAUAAGAAUAAAGCAAAAUAACCAAGGACCUUAAGAAAAAGGCAGUUCCACCAGUUGAGAAAACCACCUUUACUGUUGAAACCGAAUGUCCUUGAGAAAAUGAUUUAUAAACCGACUGGAAACAAAUUCCUUUGUCAGGGUGUUCUUUGUUUGAUCCAUCCAUGAAUGAAUAAGUAAAAAUGUUUAAUUUGUUGACUUGAACGAAGCCUUAUUUUGUUAUCUUUCGUUGCCGGGGAUAAGCUAAUCUUUAGUAUUUCAUAUUUUUAGGGCUAUGCACAUGAAGCUCUCAUUGGUUAGUCGAGGGCACGAGAUUUUAUUCGCCACAGAGAUAAAUGAAGAACCUUCCACAGAUAAGCGAGAUAAAGCAAGAGUUGUAAAUGGACCAAAAUGGGAAAGUUUUUGUUGUUAUUAAUCCUCGGCAACUGCAUCCUGGGCUCGAUUUCGUUGACCACCACCGUGGGCAUUUUCGACGACAAAGGGAACCCCCAAAACAUUGACGUUGAUAGUUCCGUGUUUUUGGCCAAUGUGAAGCCUCUGAAGUUCUUCUCCAAGGGAGAUGAGAAUUGGAACAUGUGCACAUGGACGAUUCCUUUCCUUUCCAAUGAGGCGUGUGUUUUCGUAGAACUAGAUACGGCAGCUACCCAUUGUCCAGCUCCUAUGACAAUUUACGAGGAAAAUGGUCGGUGCAUAUUAGACACAGGAGGCCUGGAUGAUGAACAGAUCGAUGGCCAAUGGGCUAGUGAAAUUCGAUCUACCGCAACCAAUGCCAGUGACUGGGGACCGUUUAAAGUGAAGCCAAUCAUUGAGCCCAAUCUUUCGCUCAAUUUUGAAAGCGGCAGCCCAAACUUUGAGGUGGACCAGAUGCUCGAGAUCACUUGUACGGCUCGUACUGGACAGCCUAAACCACAACUACAAUGGUUCCUCGACUAUCAAAACGUGUCUAAUAACGCCCCUCCCCAAGAUGAUUCGAAUUGCGAUGAUUCCACCCAAUGCUUGGUUUCGAGAACCUAUUCCAUUAUGGGUUCGACUCAACUUGACGGAUCUGUACUCAGAUGCACAGCCCAACAAACUGACUUUCUGAUGGAAACCGUCGAGACCAACGUGGACACUCCAUUUCAAUUGGGUCCCGACAACCGAAACGGGUUGGACACCUGGGUCAUUGUGACCAUUGUCUUAGGUUGUUUACUGGUCUUGCUUCUCAUUAUUUUACUGAUACUCGCCCUAUGCUUUGGAUGGUGUUGCUUUGGCUGGGAAAACGAUUUUGUGGAGCCUUAUGAAGAGAAGGACAAUUUAGGCUAUUGUCAGGAGGAGCAAGAACCGUCGAUGAGGCUCCGUUAUGCUCAAACCGAGGAAGUAAAAUUCCAAAAGACACACGAUGUCUAUCCUUUUUACCAGCCCGUACCAUUACCAUUGAUGCGGAAUGAUUGGAACGAUGCCGCUCUCGACGAGUUGAGAAACUAUCGUUAUGAAGGCCAAGGCCACCGUCGCGGAAGUGCAGCCGAUUCGUUGUCAUCUUUGGAGACCCUGCCCCACUAUGAUAAUAUCGAUUUUGAGAAGUAUUUCCGGCCUCUGGGGCCUCGCUUCGAGAAGCUAGCCAACUUGUACGACCGUCGUAAAUCGGUAUGGCCCGAGUAUGAUUCGGAUUGGAGCCACAUAUCUGACAUCCCCUUCGAGGAAUCCGUCAUAUGAACAGUCAGUUUUGAUCUAAGUCUACUAUUUUUCGUAACCAACCAAAUCCUAGAAUAAAUAGAGUGUAGAGUUACGUUUUCUAAA